GGGCUCAGAGCGAUCGUGUUGGAGCGACGGUAGGAGCGGAGCGGGCCCGGGAAUCGCGAUAGCGCCGCGAUAUCUCUGCGAUAGCAGCCCUUAGGACUAUUGCACUUGGAAUUUGCCUUCUUCUCCUGGGGAUUACAAUUGCACCAUGACCCUGGAGGAACUGGUGCCUUGCGAUAGCAGCAAGAUGCAGGCGGUGAGCGAGGCGGUGGAGCGGGUGCUGGUGACGGCGCAGCGGCAGGACCGGCUCACCGUGGGGGUCUACGAGUCGGCCAAGCUUAUGAAUGUGGACCCCGACAGCGUGGUGCUGUGCGUGCUGGCCACCGACGAGGAGGACGAAGGUGACAUCGCGCUGCAGAUCCACUUCACCCUGAUCCAGGCGUUCUGCUGCGACAACGACAUCCACAUCCUGCGAGUGUCGGGCAUGCACCGCCUCGCUGACAUCCUGGGCGAGCCCAAGCCGGAGUCCGAGCCCCGCGACCUGCAUUGUCUCCUGGUCACGAACCCGCACACGGACGCCUGGAAGAGUCCAGGGCUAGCGGAGGUGGCGAGUUACUGCGCCGAGAGUCGCGACAGGAACCAGUGGGUGCCUUAUGUGUGUCUGCAGGAGCGCUGAGCUCUUCCCGGCCUGGACUUGAAGGGUUAAAAGCCUUCUUUUUUUAAAAAAAAAAAAAAAACAAAAACACAACACCAUAAAACAGCAGGAAAAAAAAAAAAAAGGACAAACAGCCAGUUCCAACCCACAAUCCCCAAAACCCACCGAUUUUAUUUUUCUUUUGGACCGGAGAGGAGGAAGGGGGAGCGCGGCUGCUGCGGUGGGAAGGGAGAGCACCGGGCCGGAGCCCCCGGGGUGGCCGAGGAGUCGUGCUGGAGCGUGAGCCGGAGCUGGGGCGCUGCCGAGCGAGGGGGGGUGACCCCGGAGCUGAGAAAUGUCGCGAUUUUUGCCAGCUGGGACCUGAUGGAAGCGAGGACUGCAGAGGGCUGGAACGUUUUUGUUGUUGUUGUUGUUGCAAAAACUGCUUUUUCCAAGGAAUUAUCGACGUCUGCACAGAUGGACCUGCACCCCCCCGGGUGCUGCUUUUGCACUUGGAGACCCUGAGCUGAACCUUUUCCAGAGUUUAUUCUUCUACCGAGCGAGGAACUAAAUUUAUUUGCAAUAAAAUGUCUGACGUUA